UAUGUGUCCGGAAAUGAAGCUUGUAUGCUGACGGACUCUAAUGCUCGUCUGUUCUGGAUGUGAGUCGGGUCCGGUCCGGAUUAAUGGGCGAUGGGUCUGAUCGCUCGCGCGCGUAAAGAAUGGUUUAUCAUCGGUAUCGUCCUCGUGAUCACGUGCGCCAAGCUCGCGCCGUUCGUGGGAGUAAAAGGAGGUCCUCUUCGUCCGGAGAUCACCAUUACCUACAUUGCAGUAUCUGUUAUUUUCUUUAACAGUGGUCUGUCUUUGAAAACAGAGGAGUUAGCAAGUGCAUUAAUGCAUGUAAAGUUGCAUUUAUUCGUCCAGACAUUCACACUUGUGUUUUUCCCCAUCGCCAUUUGGCUCCUUCUCAAAGUUCUGGCCCUGACGGCGAUCAACGUCUGGCUUCUGAAAGGGUUGCAGACUGUUGCUUGUAUGCCUCCUCCCGUCUCCUCUGCUGUCAUUUUAACUAAAGCUGUAGGAGGAAAUGAGGCUGCAGCAAUUUUUAAUUCUGCGUUUGGGAGCUUCCUGGGAAUUGUGGUCACUCCUCUGCUGCUGCUUGUGUUUUUGGGCUCUUCCUCGUCAGUCCCAUUCACAUCCAUCUUCUCUCAGCUCUUCAUGACUGUUGUUGUCCCACUCAUAGUCGGACAGAUAUGCAGGAGGUUCCUAAGAGAGUGUCUGGACCGUCGGAAACCUCCAUUCGGGGCAGUGAGCAGCGUCGUUCUUCUCAUGAUCAUCUACACAACCUUCUGUGACACCUUCUCCAACCCAAACAUAGAUCUGGAUCAUCUGAGCUUGCUCCUCGUUGUUUUCAUCAUUUUUAUUAUCCAGUUGAGCUUCAUGUCUCUUAUAUUUAUUCUGUCUACAAGAAAAUCCUCUGGAUUCACAGCAGCUGAUUCAGUGGCCAUUAUCUUCUGUGCCACACACAAAUCCCUCACGUUAGGUAUCCCCAUGCUGAAGAUCGUUUUUGAGGGGUACGAGCACCUGUCUCUGAUCUCAGUGCCUCUGUUGAUUUAUCAUCCCGCUCAGAUCCUGCUGGGUAGCAUCUUACUGCCUUCCAUUAAAACAUGGAUGACUGGGAGACAGAAGACCGUGAUACCCAUGUGAAGGACGUUAUUUAUUAGAAGUUGUGAAAAACUUGGCUGAGCCAAACCAGACCAGUAAAAAUGAGACCAAACCAGACCGUUCUGGUCUUCAGACCGCAGGAUGACGUGUGCCUUAUCACCUCAGUAACCUCAUUACUGAUGAUUCCUUCAGUUUUAUAUAAACAUAAAUGAAUGUAUAUUUUUAUUUUUAUAUGAAGUGUACAAUCUUUCUUACGGCAGCAGCACUCAAGACUUGUUCAAUUUGUUUAUUUUUGUUUUUUUUAAACUUACAUGCAAACUUGAGUAUGUGGCUACAUUGGGUCUUGGGAUAUUUUUGCAGUAGAAAAACUUAUGAGAGUCAAUUAAAUGCACUGGUAAUACAAAGGAAAUAAUGUUUAGAGUUUAUCAUUUACGGUACCUAACAAUAAUACAGUAUUAUUGAUGUGUUUAUUUUGGUGGAAAGCUUUGUAAACCUCAAUAAAAGGUCAAACAGAUCUUGCUGUGCGACGGUAUGUUACCAGAGACAAUAAAUAUUGUCAUCAA